UCAGCUUUCGUCGUUCGUACGUUCAAGUUAGGUGAUCUGUACGCGAUUAAGUGUGUCGUAUUCGUUGAAUACGUUUUUAAUUGACGUUAUUAUUAUAUUUAUCUGAUAGAUAAUGAUGAUAUAUUAAUAAACAAUUAAACAAUUAAUUUAAAUAAUUAUUUGACAUAUCAUAAAAUAUAAAUUUAGUGUAAAACUGUAACAAAGUUUGGAGAAACUAAACCACCAGGUUUUGUGAAAUGUUUAUAAGUGAUUUCAACUAGUGAACCUUUAUGAUAAUAAUUAUGAAAUUUAUUUAUUUCAUUAAAUGAACAAGUUAUUCAACAAAAAAUACUCGGAUUUAAGUGAUUCUUCUUCUAAAGAAGAGAAAAAAAGAGAGAGAUCUUCAUCAGUGUUUGUGGAUUUAUUUAUUUAUUCAUCAAUUAAUCAAUUAAACUGGUGCUCAUCGUGAUUUGAAUUUUCUUAUGCAUGUAUGUAUAAUAGAGGAUAAUGUAAUUUAAUGUAAUAUGUAUACAUACAGAUAAGGAUAUAUGAUAAAAACAUUGGUUGUGUACAAAUAAUGAACUAGUGAUUUAUAAGAUAGAAGAGUGUUAAAAAUAUUACUUUUACUUGUUGGAUCAAGUAAAAAUAUUCAUCGACAUAUUACAUGUGCACUUAAUCAAUUAAUAUUAGCGACUGUUUAAAGUGACAUUAAUGAAGUCGAAGAAGAAUUCUCCACGAUGGAUAUAAGGAUGCGCUGAAGAAAGAAAACGAUUCAGUCGAAAUGUCAGCCGUGACGAGUCCCUAUGGCCCCACGGAGAUGCUCUCCGACUCGAUGUACAACUUUGCAACGUCCCGUCGGGGUGGUUCGACUGCGGACCAAGACUCUGGAGAUUCGCAAUUUGAUGGUCAAAGUCAAUUGCACCAGUUAUCAAGCGUACAGAAGCCUCGGAACAAGCGGAAAAAUUUCAAACCUAUCAGUAGUCGAAUGGCAGAAGUAUCAGACGACGAGUCUGAUCAUGAAGACUUUGAAGACAGUUCAGAAAUAGUUGAAGAAAAUUCUAAUGACGUUUUGGAGUAUGAUAGAAAAACUCUGUUAGCAUUAAAUGAUGAUAGACCUAAACAGAGACUUAACAAUAAUGAAGCUAGUCCAAUGGACCUAUCAGUCGCAACAAGGCCACCUUCAUCUGAUGAAGAUGAUGAUGAAAGUAACGAUUCAAUAAGGCAUAAGUGUAUUUUGGAGCAAUUAAGAUCACAUAAGUUUUAUUCACCAGGUGUUGAGGUACGAAGUCCAAUGUCGGAAUCUUCCGACAAGAGUGAAUGUGCAUUAGAAGCGGAGUCAUCAAGUCGAUUGGACGACCAAGACGGUGAAGCUUUUGAUGAUGACCCAGUCCAAGAUUUAGAGCCUGAAGUUGAACGGAAGCCGUUUGAAGGAAUGAGAGAGUAUGCGGAAUCAGCAAUGCAGGAAUUGCUGGCGAUUUAUGGCUUAGCAGGUGGAGAACUUGCUAAAACUGUCAGUAGACAACUGCCACCCACGUUCUUGAACCCACAGACUGGAUUGCAGAUUCAGGUGCAUAGGAAUAAUAAUCAAAGUCAAAGCCAGCCCGCGAGGCAAAGUCCAUCUAAUCAGACUCAGGGAAAAGUCAAAGUUGAAGAAGACAAAGAAGCAUCAUCAACAGCACCAGGAAGUCCACCAACCCCACCUCAUACUCCCCAAAGUCCAUCUAGACAAAUUCCGUCCGGACAUUUAUCCCAAUCAAGUCAAACAGCCAACUCAACAUCUCCAAGUUUACCAGCACACUUUCAAACAUUGGCAAACUCACCACUAAGUCAAAUACUUUCCCAAAAUCCAGCAUUAGCUCAACUCUUCCAACAAAACCCAUCUUUACUGGCACAGAAUCCUCAAUUAACACAAUUACUUCAACAAAAUCUUCAAGCUCACAUAGGGAACAUAUUUUCUCAAAAUAACAAGAAAGAUGAAUCAGAAGAGGUCCCAUCAACGAUCGCCAGCUUAGCAGCGAUGAAAGUGGAAGGAUCUGAUUCUAAAGUUUCCGCUUUACUGAGGCAGAGUAUGUCACCAGUCGCAGCAGACAACCUUAUCGGCACCAAGUCUACUAUUUCCCAGCCGGCAAUUGACUACUCGCGAUAUGUUCGUCGAUUCUCAUCAGGUCAAGAAUGUGGAAGUUCUUAUUGCAAAGAACUUGGCUGUCGUGAACACUUUCACUGCCUAGAUUGCAGUGGUCGAGUUUUUGUCAAAAAAGAAGAAAUGAUUAGACAUUUUAAAUGGCAUAAAAAAAGAGAUGAAUCAUUGCAACAUGGUUUCAUGAGGUAUUCUCCAACUGAUGAUUGCUCUGAAAGACAUCCCUCUCGAUCAUGUCCACACAAUCGAAAGCAAACUCACUACCACUGUAUUCAUGAAAACUGCGAUAAAGUUUACAUUUCAACAUCUGACGUUCAAAUGCACGCUAAUUAUCAUCGUAAAGAUUCAGCUAUUAUUCAAGAAGGUUUCCAAAGAUUUCGUGCUACUGAAAAUUGUGGAACAGAGUAUUGUCCUUUUGCAGGACAACGAACAACUCAUUUCCACUGUCGAAGAAUGGGAUGUCGGUUUACAUUUAAAAAUAAAGCCGACAUGGAUAAACAUAAAUCUUAUCAUAUCAAAGACGAACAGCUUUCACGUGAUGGAUUUAAAAAAUUUAUGAAAUCAGAAACUUGUCCUUUCGAUCAAUGUCGAUUCUCUCGUGUGUGCAAUCACAUACAUUGCAUCCGACCCCACUGUAGUUAUGUUUUACAUUCAUCUGGCCAACUUUUUUCUCACAAACGGAAACAUGAAAGACAUGAGUCUGAACUUGCGUAUCGUAAAUAUAAGCAAGGAACAAAUCCUAGAUCUAGUUGGGAAGAUUUUAACAAUCAAGGUCUACUAAGUAUGAACGGCGAAAAUUCUAAUGAAGAUCAAGGGUCUCCAGCUUUUUAUACUCUGGAUGAUUCCUUUCAAAGUGCUAGUGAUUUAGCUAUAGAUUUGACUGCUUCGGCUGCUAGUACACCUGGGCCAUUUACUGCUAGCAGUAGUUCUUUGGCUGAGCCACCCCAAUCACCCCAACAACAAUUAACUCCCGGUGAAUUGACUUAUUUAGCACCAGCUUCUGCUGAUUGUUCGUGUAAUUAUAAUCAAGAACAUCAUCAUUGUGCUUUAGACCAAUGUGGAGCAACACUAAGAGAUCCUAAAGAAGUGAGAGAACAUCUUCGAGAACAUGAAACCCAAGAGCGUAUUACUGAUGCUUUCUUUGAAGAAGGAGGAUGUGAUGAUUCAUGUCCGUAUUCUGAUAAAGAAAAACAUUAUCACUGUAAUUGGGAAAAUUGUAAAGAAGUUAUUUUGGCUACUGAUAAACCUUUUAGAAGACUUCAACAUUACAAAAUUCACGAAUAUAGCAAACAAUUAAAUUUGAGUUCAUCGACACAAAUAUUAUCGUCAGAUGUAACUCUAACACAUUUAACUAAUAUUGAUGCCAUGUUUAGGCGAAAAAGAGGAAGACCACCAAAAAAUCGAGUUAUUGAAAUUUGGUCUGGUGGAGGAGAUCCAGCAGGUCAAACUCAAGAUUUUCCUCAAGCCAUAUUUACCAGCUUUAAAUUACCUAAACCUAAUGCACCACCUGUUCAUCCUAUUAUUGAUGAUCGUGAAGACAACUCUUCACCAGAAAACAGCAUUGAAGAACCAGAAGGCUUCGCCACAUAUCAUCCAGACUCCUGUCCUGAUCCUGCUUGUGUCAUUAGAUCAACGAGACAUCAUCACUGUUUACAAUCUCGUUGUCAUUUUGUAACGGAUCGGUCAGAUCAACUAUUGAUGCAUAGUAAAGAUUUUCAUGACAACGUUGAUAUCCCUCCCGGUUUUGCUUUCUUUGACAAACUGGUUGACUGUCGGCUUCCUGAAUGUCAUAGCAAUAGAGUUCAUCGACAUUAUCAUUGUACAAGACCUAAUUGUGGUUACUCAUUUGUACGAUACUCUACAAUAGCUCAGCAUGAAAAACAACACAUUGAAGCACAACAGCAACAAACAUCACUUGACAAUGAUGGUAAUCAAGAUGUUCAACAAGUACAUCAUGAAAAACCAAGAAUUCAAGUGAAAAAUCCUGCUGAAUUAAUAGAAAAACCUGAAAUUAAUCCUGAAGAAAAAUCUUGCGGUCUCCUCGACAUCAAGGAAGAAGAAGUGACGGGUCUAGAUUCUAAUAAAACUACCGUGGUGAGGGCGGCUGGCACCUAUUACCCGGUCAGUGGACCACCAAACGAACCCGCACUACCGAGCGCCAUGCUAUCCAUGCGAGCUUCCGGGCACCAAGAAUCCUCAGUACCAUCAACUAGUUCAUCAUCGCCUCAUACACUUUAUGGUCCUGAUCAAAGCUGUAGUCGUCCAUUCUGCAAAUUGAAGCGAAAAAACCACUACCAUUGCAACGCAUGUAAUCAGGCAUGUUCAGAAUUGGAUAAGUUGAUAGCUCACAUUGCGAAGCAUUCAACAGGAGCAAUUCUCAGCCAACAACAUGAUCUCACACAACAUGAAAGUCUUUCUCGUGAUUAUAUAGCUCAAUUAUCUCAACAAAAACAUGACUUUAUGAGUCAGAACGUGUCUAUGGUUCAAAAUCUUCAAAACAUACAAAACUUCCAAAGUAUUCAACGACAAAUGCAACAUGGUCUUAACCAGAUGAAUCAACAAUCACAUCAGCAACAUUCUCAUCAUCAAUCUCAACAACAACAACAGCAACACAAACAACAACAGCAGCAACAACAACAAUCACAACAACAAAUAUCUACUAUGAAAGAAAUAAAAUUAGAGAGUCCAAGAUCUGAAUCCAACAUUAAUAGUAUUAAACGAGAACCUUUGGAAUCAAUGAGAGAUGAGGCUAUAGCUACUCCCAGCACUAAUUCAAUAUCGGAUUCCAAUGAAAAUGGACAAAUGCCACCACUAGUACCUACAAGCCUUUCACAAUCGGUGCCAACAUCUUUUGAACUUGAUUUAAGCCAUGGGUUUCAUUUUCCUGGUCCUGCAGUAAUGGCUGCCAUGAAUCAGCAAAUUGCGCUUAUGAAUCUUCCACCAUUUCUUCAACAUUCAGGAAUGUAUAGCGGUGCCCCUAGCUUAAUGUUCGCGCCUACAUUACCUCCUGGAAAUUUUUUAUCUACUCCAAGAGAAGAAAAUCCAUUAGCAUCACUUGCUGCUAAUCUGAAUCUAAAUAAAAGAUCUCUAUCACCAAUUGAUAGCAGCAAUUCUGUUGAGGCUAAAAAACAAAGACUCCAUCAUUCAAUGAGAAUGCUGAAAGACGAACCUGUUCCUGAAGGAUAUGUUCGAUUUAGGUUUAAUGAAGAUUGUAGAUAUCCUCAUUGUGGUUAUAGAGAACAUCAGACUCAUUUUCACUGUAUGAGACAAGAUUGUGGCUAUUCUUUCUGCGAUAAAACGAGAUUUGUACAGCAUACUGCUAGACAUGAACGUUUAGAUACUUUAAUGGGUGGAGAUUUUCAACAAUAUCGAGCUAAUGUACCUUGUGGUAGGGCUCAAUGUGCAUAUACAUCAUCACUUGGUUCUAUGCAAAAUAAAGCGUCACAUUUUCACUGCCUCAAAUGCGAUUUUGUUUGCACAGACACUAAUAAAGUAGUAGCUCAUAGAAGACAGCACGCUAAAUUAGAUAGUAUUGCUGCAGCUGGAUUUCAAAAAUUCACUCCAAGUCAACCUUGUGGUGCUGUUCAGUGUCAACAUUCAGGAAAACAAACUCAUUAUCAUUGUCUCCAAUGUCAGUAUGCUGUUUUAGGAUUAGCGCAAAUGUCUGCACAUAAAUAUCGACACAUGGAUGGUUAAAACAUUGAUAUUAAUUUAUGCAAUUAGUGAAACGGAUUUUUAAAUGAUAAAUAUUGGUUUUUUAGAAAAUUUUAAUAG